GCACUGCGAGUUAGACACCAAACUACAAAUCAGAAUGUGGCCCAUUAUGCUUCUGGUCAUUGCAACAAUCCAAGUUCACAAUACCGUUGAGGGUCUGCCACUGGCAGUUGCCCAUGGCAAGGGUUCUCUGGAUGCAAAACUUCCUUCGAUUUCAUCAGCAGCUGGGCAACAGAUGAAUCCACUCAAUGCCGAUGACAUUACAGUAUUCACCAGUAUGUUCCUAAGCCUGUUUAAAGGAAUAGGCGAUUGGCGUAAUCAAGUGGCUGCCGAAACCGUUCAGAGCGUAUGGCAGAGUCCACCAAUUGUAGGCCUCAGUCAGCGCCUCUUCGCAACCUAGUAGUAGUGGCUUCUGGUAAUUCAAGCCGAAAAAGAUUC